UGAAAAUACCUGGAAUGGAUAUUUGGGGAUAAGUAGCCAUACACAGUUUUUUGGGCGGGGGGUCGAAAGCGUGUUUUUCAGUGUGGAUAUAUAUAGUGAACAUGUUUGGAAAUAAUUGACCAUUGAAGUAAAGGGGGAAUAGAAUAUAUAUUGCUAGGGUGAGGUUUCAUGGUUCCGAAACAAAAGUCGGGAAGAGACUAUAUUCGCACUCGGUUUUCACUCCAGACGGAAGCUGCAGAGAAGUUUAGAGAGGACCCCUGGCGUGAUCGGGCCUAUUGUUAUUUUCACCCAGGCCACGUAGCUACGGGGUUCGAAGAGUUGAAUCCUGAGUCCCAACAAUUUGGGAGAAAUUAGCCAACCCUCAUCCCGACGACAUGGGAACGAUACGCUGAGAGGACACGUGUGGCUUCAAGCUCUGUGAGAAAUUUCGCCGAAGGGCCUGUCCACCCCCCCAUCCUACUCAUAAUCAUAUCUUUUCACCCCCCCCUGUCUAGUCUGUCUUCUCUUCUUCCUACCCUCCUUUUUCUAGUCCAUUGUUUCCCUGAUUCCAUCUGUCUGGUGGGCUCUUCUCCCUGUCCUUUGGCCUCCAAGAUAGAUUCUCUCAGGAGUAAGGUUGAGCUGCUGAAGCUGCCUCUGGCCCUAUCCACCAAGUCCAUCUCCGAACUCAAGAGCCAGCUGGGCAGAAUCAGGGAACGAGGCACGGGGGGGGAGAGGGGCCUGUCAACCCCAUCCACCGACCCGAGACAUGGACAACGAGUCACAGUACUCGGGCUACUCCUACAAGUCGUCCCACUCCCGCAGUUCCCGCAAGCACAGGGAUCGGCGGGACAGACAUCGCUCCAAGAGCAGAGACGGCAGCAGCCGUGGGGACAAGUCUGUCACCAUCCAGGCCCCUGGGGAGUCACUAUUAGAUGCAGAGUCGACCCGUGGCGAUGACCGGGAUGACAACUGGGGCGAGACCACCACUGUGGUCACAGGCACAUCAGAACACAGCGUGUCCAACGAGGACCUGACACGUGUCUCCAAGGAGCUGGAGGAAUCGUCCCCCCUGGAAUGCAAGCGCUUCCUGGGGCCCGUGCUGGGUGGCUGCCUAGGCCUGUUCGCUCUGGUCACCCCCCUGGCCUUCCUGGUCCUCCCCCAGCUGCUGUGGCGUGAGGCCCUGGAGCCCUGCGGCACGCCCUGCGAGGGUCUCUACGUCUCCCUGGCCUUCAAGCUCCUGGUGCUCCUCAUCUCCUCCUGGGCGCUGUUCCUGCGCCCGCCACGCGUCACCCUGCCCCGCUUCUUUGUCUUCCGCUGCCUGCUCAUGGUGCUGGUGUUCCUGUUCGUGGCGUCCUACUGGCUGUUCUACGGCGUGCGCGUGCUGGAGCCACGGGAGAGGGACUACAGAGGCAUCGUGGAGUAUGCUGCAUCGCUGGUGGACGCGCUGCUCUUCAUCCAGUACCUGGCCCUGGUGCUGCUGGAGGUCAGACACCUGCAGCCUGCCUUCUGCCUCAAGGUGGUGCGCGCCACAGACGGGGCUAGUCGCUUCUACAACGUCGGACACCUCAGUAUCCAGAGGGCAGCAGUGUGGGUGCUGGAUCAGUACUACAGGGACUUCCCAGUCUACAACCCUGCCCUGCUCAACCUGCCCAAGUCCAUCCUCUCCAAGAAGAUGUCUGGAUUCAAAGUCUACUCACUGGACGAGAACAGCACCAAUAACUCCACCAGUCAGUCCCGGGCCAUGAUCGCUGCUGCGGCCCGCAGGAGAGACAACUCCCACAACGAGUACUACUACGAGGAGGCCGAGAUGGACCGCAGGUGCCGCAAGCGCAAGGCCAGGUUGGUAGUGGCGGUGGAAGAGGCCUUCACCCACAUCAAGCGUCUCCAUGAUGAUGACCCCGCAGGCUCGUCCCACAAACACCCCCGUGAGGUGAUGGACCCCCGGGAGGCGGCUCAGGCCAUCUUUGCCCCCAUGGCGCGGGCCAUGCAGAAGUACCUGAGGACCACGCGCCAGCAGCCCUACCACAGCAUGGAGAGCAUCCUCACACACCUGCAGUUCUGUAUCACCCACAACAUGACCCCCAAGGCAUUCCUGGAGCGUUAUGUGAGCCCAGGCCCUACCAUGCAGUACCAGCGUGAGAAUGGCAGGGGGCGCCAGUGGACUCUAGUGAGCGAGGAGCCGGUAACCUCUGCCCUGCGUCAGGGUCUGGUCUUCUCCCUGCGCCGCCUCGACUUCUCCCUUGUCGUCACGGUGCAGCCCCUCCCCUUCCUGCGUAUCGGUGAGGAGUUUAUCGACCCCAAGAGCCACAAGUUUGUGAUGAGGCUGCAGUCGGAGACCUCUGUGUGAAGGGGGGGUCAGUGGAGGCCCCUGAUCCUACUGGGAUACGCAGGGUGCUAGAUCAUCAUGUACUCUCCUAUUGAACCAUUGUCAUGGAUGUUAACAGAAUGGGAGGAAGUUACGAUCUUCCAAAGACAGAAAAUGGAUGCCUUGACCAUGUUUUAUGACACUGUAAAAUUCCCUUAAGGUGUUUCUUGUCUGUAGGCCAACUGUCUCCAUCAGUUUGCAAAGGAACUACAUUCCUGAGCUUGUUGUAACUGAGAGACUGUGUGUUGUAGAGUCUUAUUCCAUGUAUAUGUGGUAUCAUUUAAUUGUACACUGGCCUUUUUUACACAAAAGUUAUCAUGAUUUGAUAACAACAUUGAGUGAGUAAAUCAUUCCUGCCUUGGGACAGCAUUCUUACAAUGUUUCUCAGACUGACUUUCCUGCAUAACCUUUUGUUCCAUGAAGCUGUUUUGAAUGGACUUGCCUUGUCUUUAUCCUGUGUCCACUGUCCUCCACCCAUCUCACUCUGACCAGGGACAUGUGAUUGUAUCCUCACUGCAAGUUGUCUGCAGUCAUAGCAAAUCACCAGAUUGUGCCACAUUUGUAAAACAUUCAAACAAGCACAGUAACAGCCUUACCCAUGUGUGAACUACGAAAUGCUGGCCGGUGAUCUCUGGCAAAGAACCACUUCUCUGACCACUAAACCUCUCGGUUCGAACCCAGAUGUACUGUAACUGGCAGCCUAAUGUUGCUACUUAGACAACAGUUUGGUGCAGUUCAUCUUCUGAGCCACAAUAUGACUGCCAAUCAUUUCUAUUCAAGCAGUUAGAACUCCAAUACCGUACAUUUCUGUGAGAACAACCAAUGAAAGUUCACAACUGGUUUGACAUAAUUGAUGAUAACAUCAAUGCUAAUGAUUGUCGUUCUGCUUUUUUUAUGCAUGCUAGAAUUGUGGGUUUAAAUACAUUUUAUAUGAGGUUGUUUUUGUUUUCUAUAUAUUUUUUAUUAAGUUAUAAUUCAAUUAAAAAAAAAAUGUUUUUACUUUUGGAAAAGAGGUGGUGUGUACAAAGAUUUGAAUGUUUCUUUAUUGAUAAUAGUAGCUUGUAUAGUGUGCUCCAUGUUUUUACUCCUGUUCUCCCCGUCUCUGCUUUUCUCACAUACACAAAGUUGUGAUUGUAUGAAGCCCUGUCUUUCAUUCUCUGGUCCUGUUAAGAAAAACAAUACUGUAAGCCUGCUGACGAGAAUAUGAUUAAAGACGUAAUGGAAUCUGAAUUUUAAUUCAGAGAAAGAUGUCGAAUUGAAAAGUAAUUCCGAUGGGGUUUACACUUCUCUUUUUUUUACCUAAAACACUCUUUCUACUCGUUCACUUCGGAGUUCUUUUAUGGCCUUUUGUUUUCCACAGCACCCCAUUAUUCAAUAUGACCCUCUAGUGACAACAUCCUACCACCCUCACUAGGAAGUCAUUUCUUUCUUGGACAUGUUGUGUAUGUGCAGUACCAGUCACAAGUUUGGUCACACCUACUCAGUUUUUCUUUAUCUGUACUAUUUUCUACAUUGUAGAAUAAUAAUGAAGACAUCAGAACUAUGAAAUAACACAUAUGGAAUCAUGUAGUAACCAAAAAAAAGUGUUAAACAAAUUAAAAUAUGUUUAAUAUUUGAGAUUCUUCAAAGUAGCCACCCUUUGCCUUGAGCGCUUUGCACACUUGGCAUUCUCUCAACCAGCAUGUACAACAGGGAAAGUAAGUGUAAAUGUCAUUUUUAUUAAACAUUAUGGCU